CGCUCCGCUCCGCUCCUCGCGCCGCCCCACUCAUCAUGGCGGAGCUGAGCUGCUCUCCCGCCCGCUGAGCUGCGCGCCUCUCCGGCUCCGAGUCCGAGAGUCCGAGUCCAGCAGGGCGCUUGGUUGGGCACCAUGACGCGCUGGAUUCCCACCAAGAAGGAGAAGUACGGAGUCGCAAUCUAUAACUAUGAUGCCCAGGGGCCCCAGGAGCUCACACUGCAGGUGGGGGACACUGUGCACAUUCUGGAGCUCUUCGAAGGUUGGUAUAGAGGAUACACGCUACGGAACAAAUCCCAAAAGGGCAUCUUCCCAGCCUCUUACAUCCACCUGAAAGAAGCCAAAGUUGAAGGGACAGGGCAGCAGGAGACGGUGAUCCCGGCUGACCUCCCCCUUGUCCAGGAGCUGGGGGCCACGCUGAGGGAAUGGGCGCAGAUCUGGCAGAAGCUCUACGUGAGCAACCAGACCACGCUGUUCCGCAACGUGCAGCAGAUGACGUACAGCCUCAUCGAGUAUCGCUCGCAGAUCGUGUCAGGGACGCUGCCCAAGGACGACCUGGUGGAGCUCAAGAAGAAGGUCACGGCUAAAAUCGACUAUGGAAACAGGAUACUGGGUCUGGACCUGGUCGUCCGAGAUGAGGCGGGGAACACGCUGGACCCCGACACCACCAGCACGAUCAGCCUGUUCCGCGCCCACGAGACAGCAUCCCGCUGCAUCGACGAGAGGAUACAGGAGGAGAAGACUCGACUACAGAACAUGGGGAUGCGACGGCAGUCUCUCUUCAGCACCAUCCACACUUACAGCCUCUUCAUGAACCUCAAGAACUUUGUGUGCAACGUGGGGGAGGACGCUGAACUGCUGAUGUCUCUGUACGACCCCGACCAGUCUGAGUUCAUCAGUGAGAACUUCCUGGUUCGGUGGGACAGCACCGGGAUGCCCAAGGAGAUUGAGAAGCUGAACAACCUGCCUGCGCUGUUCACGGACCUGAGCAGCAGCGAUUUGAUCCGGCCGCGCCUUUUCCUCGUGUGCCAGGUGGUCCGAGUGGGCUGCGUUGAGUCCAAGGAGGGCAAGAAGCACUCGGCCGGCCUGCGCAGGCCCUUCGGUGUGGCCGUGAUGGACAUCACGGACGUUGCUCACGGGAAGCUGGACGAUGAGGAGAAACAGCAUUUCGUGCCAUUUCAGCAGAUCGCCAUGGAGACUUACAUCCGACAGAGGCAGCUGAUCAUGUCCCCUCUGAUGCCUUCACGUGUCAUCGGGGAGAACGAGCCCCUCGCUGCAGUGUUCAACAAGGUCAUCUCCACUCGCGACGUGAACCACAAGGGACAAGGCCUUUUUGUGACCCUGAAGCUGCUCCCAGGUGACCUGAACCAGGUUCAGAAGGACUAUCCCCACUUUGUGGACCGCAACACUGUCAUUGUGAGGAAAAUGGGCUUUCCUGAAAUCAUCCUGCCAGGAAACGUGAGGAACGACAUCUACGUGACGCUGCUUCAGGGUGAGUUUGAGCGCAGUAAGAAGAAGACCCCAAAGAACGUGGAGGUGAUGCUGAGUGUGCUGGAUGAAGACGGGAACCCCAUGGAGAAGGCUGUAUUCCCUGGAGCGGGCUAUGAUGGAAUCACGGAGUACAAGUCCAUCAUUUACUACCAGGUCAAGCAGCCUUGCUGGAAUGAAACGGUCAAGGUGACAAUCCCCAUUGAGGAUGUUUGCCGCUGCCACCUUAGGCUGAUGUUUCGACACCGAUCCUCCCAGGACUCCAGGGACAAGUCUGAGAAGACCUUUGGCAUGGCCUUCGUCCACUUGAUGAAGGCAGAUGGCACCACUCUUCGUGACGGCAAACAUGACCUCAUUGUCUACAAGGUGGAUGCCAAGAAACCCGAGGAUGCCAAGACCUACCAGGCUUUGCCCGGCACGUGGGCAGAGGCGGAGGAGAGGGAAAAACAGUCUGGCAAGGCCCAUUCAGGCUCCACCCCUGCAACCAAGGACAGUUUCCAGAUUGCCACGCUGACCUGCUCCACAAAGCUCACGCAGAACGUGGACCUGCUGGGGUUGCUGAAUUGGAGGUCCAACCCUCAGGAUCUGGUUCAGAUUCUACAACGGCUGAUGGAGGUGGAGGGCGGGGAGAUUGUCAAGUUUCUGCAGGACACCUUAGAUGCCCUCUUCAGCAUCAUGAUGGAGACUUCAGAGGAGGACACCUACGACACGCUGGUGUUCAACGCUCUGGUGUUCAUCAUUUCCCUCAUUGGGGACAUCAAGUUCCAGCACUUCAACCCGGUCCUGGAGACCUACAUCACCAAGCACUUCAGCGCAACGCUGGCGUACAAGAAGCUGACCAAGGUGUUAAAUCACUACGUGAGACAUGCUGAGGAUGCUGGCCACACAGAGAGGCUCUACGCUGCCCUCAAAGCCCUGAAGUACCUGUUCAGGUUCAUCGUUCAGUCCCGGGUGCUUUACCUAAGAUUCUAUGGAACAAGUGAGGACGACGAUGAGUUCUUUGACUCUAUCCGGACCCUCUUCCUGUCCUUCAACGUCCUCAUGGACCGGCCGUUGGACGAAGGGGUGAAGAUCAAAGGCGCAAUACUCAAAUACCUCCCCACCAUCAUCAAUGACAUCCUGCACGCCUUCGACCCUGUGGAGCUCAGUGUUCUUCUCACAAAGUUCAUAGAGAGCAUCCCAGACACACAGCUGGUGCGCCAGAAGCUGGGCUUCAUGUGUAAGAUGGUAGAGAGUGAGCUCUUCAGGCAGCCAGAGUGCCGUGAUGUACUGCUGCCCAUGUUGACGGACCAGCUGAGCGGACAGCUGGACGACCACUCCCACAAGCCUGACUACGAGGCGUGCGUCCAGCUCCUGAGCACCUUGCUCGACUGCCUGGACCGUAAGGAUGUGGGCCCCACCAGAACUCAUGUGCAGGUGAUCGUAGAGCGACUGCUCCGCAGGGUCAACCGCACCGUCAUCAACAUGAGCCGGACCUCCCCCCUCAUUAGUCACUACCUGGCCUGCAUGGCAGCCAUCCUGAAGCAGAUGGAUGAUGCCCACUACACCCACUACAUCAGUGCUUUCAGGACUAGACAGGACAUCAUUGACUUCCUCAUGGAGACAUUCAUCAUGUUCAGGGACCUCAUUGGCAAUGUGUUCCCCUCCGACUGGAUGAUCAUGAACCUCUUGCAGAUCAGGGUCUUCUUACGAGCCAUCAACCAGUAUUCGGAGGUGCUGAACCAGUACUUCCUGGACCAAACGCAUUUUCAGUUGCAGCUGUGGAACAACUACUUCCACUUGAUGGUGGCAUUUCUUACCCAUAAGUCUUUGCAGCUGGAGUCCUUCUCUCAGGAGAAGCGCAACAAGAUUCUGAAGAAAUACGGAGACAUGAGGAAGAGCAUCGGAUUUAAGAUUCGGGACAUGUGGUACAACCUGGGUCCCCACAAGAUGAAGUUCAUCCCAUCCAUGGUGGGACCCAUCCUGGAGGUGACCUUGGUCCCGGAACCUGAGCUGCGUAAGGCCACCAUCCCCAUCUUCUUCGACAUGAUGCAGUGUGAGCACAACUUCAGUCCAAGCCACACCUUCCAAAAGUUUGAAAACGAGCUCAUCACCAAGCUGGACCAGGAGGUUGAGGGUGGCCGUGGAGAUGAGCAGUACAAGGUGCUGCUGGAGAAAACGCUGCUGGAGCACUGCCGGCGCCACCGCUACCUGUUCCAGUCUGGGGAGGCCCUGGCGCUGCUGCUGAGCAGCCUGCUGGGAAACCUGCUGGCGUACCGCACUAUUACGCAUGACGAGAGCCCGGAGCUGCGCAUGAGCUGCACCGUCAACGUGCUGAACUUCUACAAGGAGAAGAAGAGGGAGGACAUAUACAUUCGGUACCUGUACAAGCUGCGCGACCUGCACCUGCACUGUGAGAACUACACGGAGGCGGCCUACACCUUGUUGCUGCACGCCGAGCUCCUUGAGUGGUCUGACAAGCCCUGCGCCCCCCACCUGAUUCCCCGAGAUGGCCUCCAAGGUUGGACCCAGCAGGAAUUGAAGGAGAAGCUCUUCCAGGAGAUCAUAUGCUACUUGGACAAGGGCAAGAUGUGGGAGAAAGCCAUUGAGAUGAGCAAGCAGCUGGCCAGGAUGCACGAGGACCAGAUGUUUGACUUUGUGGAGCUCAGCCAGCUGCUGAAACAGCAGGCCCAGUUCUACGAGAACAUCAUGCAUGUCAUGCGCCCGCAGCCUGAGUACUUUGCUGUUGGCUACUACGGCCUCGGGUUCCCCAGCUUCCUGAGGAACAAAGUCUUUAUUUACCGCGGUAAGGAGUACGAAUGGCUGGAGGACUUCAGCCUGAAGCUGCUCUCCCAGUUCCCUGUGGCGGUGAAGAUGAUGAGUACGUCGCCCCCUGGGGACAGCAUCUGUAACUCCUCCGGCCAGUACAUACAGUGUUUCACAGUGAAGCCAGUUCUGAAGCUGCCACAGCAGUUUAAAGACAAGGGUGUCCCUGAGCAGAUCCUCAAUUACUACAGAGCCAAUGAAGUAGACCAGUUCCAGUACUCGAGACCAUUCCGGAAGGGUGAGAAGGACCCAGACAAUGAGUUUGCUACCAUGUGGAUCGAGAGGACCACCUACGUUACGGCCUACCGCUUUCCGGGGAUCCUCAAGUGGUUUGAAGUGAAGUCCAUCUCCGUCGAGGAGAUCAGCCCGUUGCAGAAUGCCAUCGAGACCAUGGAGAUGGCUAACGAGAAGCUGGGUAACCUGGUGCAGCAGCAGGCAUGUGACCGAUCGCUGCCGGUUCACCCGCUCUCCAUGAUGCUCAAUGGCAUCGUGGACCCUGCAGUUAUGGGUGGCUUUGCCAACUACGAGAAGGCAUUCUUCACAGACACCUACAUCCGCGAACACCCGGAGGACCUGGAGCGCAUUGAGGUCCUCAAACAUCUCAUUGCCCUGCAGAUUCCUCUCCUAGCGGAUGGGAUCCGGAUCCAUGGUGAGAAAUCGACGGAGCAGCUGAAGCCCCUGCACAACCACUUGGUGACCUGCUUCCAGGACCUGCGUGAGAAGGUGGAGAAGCACUAUGGAGUCAUCACUCUGCCCUGCUCCCUGACCGAGAGGAAGAAGAGCCGCGUGGGCUCAGUCGUGAUGCCUUACAUCAUGUCAUCUACCCUGCGUCGCAUGUCCACCGUCUCCAGCCUCUCCAGCACCUCCUCUGGACUGUCCAGCAGCUCGGCCUCUGAUGGCGGCCCCUCUCGGCCCUGCUCCCAGGACUCUCUGCUGUCCCACGGUAACGACCGCCGGGCCUCCGUCCUCUCCCGCUCUGAGGAGGACAACCGGAUCAGCCGUAAGAACCGCAAAGAGUGGAGUGUGAGCAAGUCGCAGGUGCUGCUGGAGCGGGUGUCUGACACGGACGAGGUCCCUCCGGAGAAGCAGCAGAGGCCCAAGAGCCUUCAGCUGGGUGACCGGCGACUCACGCUUUCGCUCUUCCAGGGCGCCUCCUCGCCGCUGAGUCUGUCCAUCCCGCUGAGCCCCUUGCCGGCCUCGCCGCACACACCCCGUAGCUCCAGCUUCACUUCCCUCCCGACUGACAACAAUGGGACCCCUGACCCCCCGGGGACGCCGCCACCCAUGCCACCGAAGAAGCACCUCCAUGACGGCGAUAUUCGCCACAGCUCUGCAGAGUUCACCCCCCCGCUACCAGUAAAAGGAGACGCAAGACCCCCUCCCCCACCCCCCAAAACACGCAAGUCCAUGUUUCCCUUGUAGUGACUCCAAGUGCAGCGGAACAGUGGCUGCGGGCCUCUGGCUGCAGAGUGCAGAUGCACUUCCCCCCAGCAGGGUGCACUACAUCAGAGCAGUAGGUAGAAAGCAACGCAGCAUCCUGGGGCACCUUGGUAACAGGAAGCUUCAGGUACUUCGGGGUGUCCCCCCCGUGCUAGUCGUCAUGUCUGCGUGUGAAAGACGGUUGGGGGAAAAAAAUGACUACUUGAUUUUUUUUUUUUUUUUUUUUUUUUUUUUUAAAGAAUUUUUUUUUCUUUGUGUUUGUUUUCGGGAAAAGCCAGUAAAUCCUCGAGUAUUUAAAUGGUUAAAUACAUUCUGUAGGUACUGUGGUACAAGCCGUGUUUUACUACUGGUAGCAGUCGCUCUUGCAGUUCAUGUGUGCCUCACAAAGCAUUAAUAAUAGCUGCCUGUCAAUCAUCUCCUUACAUUGUUCAGAUGUGGCUUUACUACGGUAACCAGAUAAAUAUUCGUCUCCAGAACCAAUUCCCACCACACUGCAGGGGCAACAAAUACAGUGCAUUGCAACGAAGACACAGUGAAACUUGAUGGCGUUUUACCAUGAAGUGCACUUAGAGCAGGAAUCGCAGUACAGCACAGUACUGCACAGUACUGCACUGUGGUACAGCACCGCGCUGUGUCUUCUGCACUGACACUCAAGUUCGAGGUGCAGAUUUACUAGGAAAGGGUAUUUUACCGCUCACAGAUGAAAUACUAUACUUUGCAGCUGAUUCCCUAACUGUGUGUUCUGUUGGGUUACGGCAAACACUUGUGUGCAGUGCUGCUACAGAUGAGCUGUUUAUUCAUGGAAUUACAGUAAAGCGGAGGAGGGCAGUUAAUGUUUGUUUUGUUUAUGAAGAACAAAGUUUCUCCUUUGUGAUGUUAGUCAUUGUUAGUCAUUACCCCCCUCCCCCACACACAACACACACUCCCUGUGGGUCACUCCAGCACACCGCCUGCUUCUGGGUUCUCAGCGUGUGGAUUAUGAACAAAUCAGUGAACUUUGCUAACUGAUGCAGUUUUAAAUAAAGGUGAUUCUUUUUGUACCUUUUUUGUGCGACUUUAUCCUGUGAAAUGUGUCCAGAGGGGGCUGUCGUCCUGCUGUCGGUGCUCCCUAGGUGUAAGGGACCAACAGGAACCUCUGAGGUUGAGGCUGGAGGCUGGAUUGUGAGCAGAAAAAUGUCAAAACACUGAACUUUAUAAUGAAGCCGUUGUAAAGUGAACCAAACAAAUAAAAGACUGAACAAAG